AUGGCUGAGGAACCACCUGAAUUUCUUUCAUCUGGGAGUCCUCUUACUGUACAGCUCGACGACGGCCAGCGGCUCGAUUUUAAAAUCGAGCGCUUGUUCACACCAGUGACGAAAAGCGUCGUCCUCCUGACUCGUUGCGCAAAGCUCAGCCCUGAUCCCGUCGUCGUUAAGCUCUACGAUCCUUGCUUCAUCAACGAGCGCAAUGGCGUACCCGGGUUCGGCGAUUUGGAGGACGAGCCGGCCCGUCCGUGGUCACUAGCUGCUGAGCGCGGCGCGCCUUCUACAUUCGACCCUUUCGACGUCUUUGAAGUCGAACCACCGAAGGACGAUCCUGAAGCCCAAUUCCAGCACGCUGCCCUUUGGGAAGCACAUUUUCGCGCGCUCAUGGAGGAAUCCUUCCGGAGCGAACGCGCGGCCUAUCAGGCGCUGAAGCAGUACCAGGGCAACAUGCUUCCCCGACUGCUCGCGGAGGGCCACUGGGUACCACCCGACGAGCGUGCGUAUAUGCCGCAUGCCCUCGUAUUUGAGUACGUUGAGGGCAAAACGCUGCGGGAUGCGCCUUUGGACGCGCUCACGCCCGACAUCUGCCUCGGCCUCGUCCGCACGGUGGAGAGCUUCGCUGCGUUCGGCGUCUUUCACGGCGACCUAAACCACAAUAACAUUAUUCUUGCGCCGAAUGGACGCGCGGUCAUCCUCGACUUUGGCUGCGCCGGCUUUCGCAACGUGCCGGAGGAGGAAACGGACGAGGAGUGGGCGGCUUGCAUCAAUUCGAAAUACGAGGCAGUCUGGAUACGGAAGUUGCUGCAGUCGAAGGGGGUCGAGUGUGUGGGCUACCUCGAACUGAGGAAGCGCAGAUUUAAUGUGGCGAAGGGAUUGUGGUUGGAACCGGAGGAUGAGAAGAUGCGCGGGCUUGUCCACAUCACCGAAGCCCGCCGGCGGCCAGAUGCAGACGCUGUUAACAGCCGAAAAGACGGGUAGCAAAGGAAUAGCAGUUGUGGCAUCAAGUUGAAGGGAUUACGCAUUACAAGUUUCUUUAGAAAGGGCGCGUGAAGCAUAGUUGCCGGAAGACAUCCUCCAAGGAGAAGACGACG